AGAGAUGCCUACCCCUCUGAAUUGCAUGUAACAGAAUAUUAUUGAUCGGAAUGCAGUGUUGUUUCAGCCCCAAUUGGACCUGUGUAGUUUGAGAAGGGAAUUUUUGUGUAGAAAUAAUUAAGAUUAGUUUUCUUCAAGACAACAAAACUCUUCAGAAAUCUCUUAAAGGCCUAGCAGGGUUUGCAUUAGAACAUUAAGGAAUUACUGUUGUUUGUAUAUUUAGGUCCUGUUGCAGCAUCUCCUGGUCCACCUCCACCUGUUCACCCCUUACAUGAGCUAGAAGCUGCGAGGAGAGGAACAGCAGACAGGGAUGUACUGAGUCAAUUGACAGCACUUAGACAGCAACUAAAGAAUGAAGAAAAAAGAGUUCAGCAACAAAUGGAUCGUUCAACUGCAGUGACAAAUUAUUCUGAGAUGCAGCGUGCUCCUGAAGACCUUGGAAGUAGAAGAGGAAGAAGAGAUGUCCAGGUGUUUGAAAGAGCACUUGCCAACAAAACUGCAGUGGUGAAGAAAGAUACCGAGGGCUUUUCUGCUGCUGAUGAAUUUAACAGGAUGAAAUAUGAAGAAACCUCUUCUCUUGCGGAGGAGUUCAGAAGCAAGUUUCCUGAUCCAGUUUCUACCAGCAGUGUGUUGGAUCUUCAACAGCAGGCCUUUCUCAUGGAACAAGAAGACAAACUGGCAGCAUUAAGAUCUGAUCCCAACAGACAUAAUAAACAGUCUCCCAGAGUUGGACAGCCUUACCUGGUUUCAAGACGUCCAGGAAGCCGUGACUCCCUUCUAGAAUCAGAAAGUCAAUUUCUUGUUGUUGAUGACCCAAAGCAAAUGUUACCAAUCGAGCAAAUGUCAUCCAGGCCAAGGCAAUCCUCUGCUAGAGAGAGGCGGCGAUGGAAACAACUUGAAGAAAUGGCAAGAAAUCCUAGGCCUCAUGACACCUACAAACCUCCAACACCUGGUGGCUUUUCCUUGAAUUCAGUCACCAGUUUUAAUGUUGAUGAAGUGGCAAACAGAAAUGAAGAAAGACUAAGAAGACUUGAACUGAUCCAAAGAGGAGGAGGCCAAGGAGGGUGGGGCAGCUUACAGGGUGACCCUGACCAAGUCCUACAGCGCUUCAUGGAUGAAAGAAGUCGUCCUGCCAACCUUGCCAGCAGACUUUCAGAAACCUCACUUGAAGCAGAAACAUCUUUUGAACCUGUUUAGAUUCUUAGAUAAGAUUUCUACAUACUAUGUCAUCUUAGUUCUAAAGAGGUAGAAAACAUGCUGUUGGUUGAGCACUGAUCAUCUGGUACUGUUUUGGUGACUCACACAACCUCUAAGAACAUUUAACUUUUGAAGAAAGAUAUUUUUUAUACCCCUGACUCAGUGCGAUGUUGGCAUCCAACACAGCCCAGACUUUCUUCCCACCCUUGUAGUUUUACAACCUGUCUGAUCUGAACAGUUAUUUAUCUGCGGGACUGGAUUUUAACUGUCAGGUGGAUAUAAUUGACCACUUCAUUGUCUGUAGGGGAAUUAAGGAACGAUGAACAUCCUUGGUUAAACAGCAGUAAGGUUUUUUUAAAUCAUCCAUUUCAGUAAGCUGAUGCCAAGCUGAGAGCCUUUUAUUCAACAUACAUGCAUUAUCCUCUUUAAUAAACUUGGGUGUUUAGUAACUGUCACCUAGCAUUCAAUAUUCUUAUACUUUGUAACUAGAAAUACAUAAUAAUGUGAGAAGAAAAGUUGAUAUUAUUUAUAGGGUCUUUUGUCCAAGGUAAUAAUAUAUUUAAACAGAUAUUUAAUGGUAUAAUGUGCUUUUGCUGCAUUCAUAACAUUAAAUAAAUUUAUUUCACCCAUUUCCUAGAGGCAAUCGUGAACAAGGAAUAUUAGAAUGCAUCACUUAGUCUUCUCCCUGUUCUUAUCCAAUAUUUUAGAAAGAAUCUUGUGGGUUUAGGACUAGGUGCAGACUUUUCACUUUUGGAAAGAUUCCUGAACUGAACUUGAAGAAUAAAUAUUACAACUGGUAUUGUUAAUAAACAUUUCUUCAGGUUAUUUCUUCCAAUUUAAUAUAUUUUAUAAUAUCCUCUGCUUAUGCGUAACAGCAGAAAUUAAGAGCAUCACAUACAAGGAGAAAAAGUAAGUUAGAAGUACAAGCAGAAGCAUAUCACCUAGGUGAUAUGCUUCUGGUACAAGUUAUCUAAUACUAUGUGUUUCUCAAUGACAAAAAACUUGUGUGUAUAUAAUAUUAUGUGGGUGAAGUGUUAUCUUAUUGCUGUGGAAAGGCUGCAGAAUGGAAAAAAAAAAUGAUACAAGGGCGUGACUGCAUAAGCUGAAACACAAGUAUAGUAAUUAUCGUCUUCCAACCGAGGAAUAAUAUAUACUUGGCAAAAAUAGGUUUUGUACCUGUACAUAUGUGUGGACUGUUACUCAGAGAAAACUGUUUUCCAACACGAGUAUUAAAUUUGUAAUGUAAUAUGAAUAUUGUUGGUUAGUACUGAUUUGUUGGAAGUAAAAAUGUGUAAACUCUGAGUUCAA